UGGGGUUUGGUGUAAAUCUGGGGGUGUAAUGUUAUCAUAUAUCACGCUACCUCGUAAAACCGACACCGAAGCCUACCGGACAACAAAUCACCUCAAAAUUAUGAGUUCUUCGUAUUAUGUGAACGCUCUUUUUAGCAAAUAUACGACGGGGGCCGCUUCGCUCUUCCAAAAUGCAGAGCCUACGUCCUGCUCCUUCGCUACCAACUCCCAGCGAGGCGGCUAUGGACCCGGCGCUAGCGCCUUCGCCUCCUCCAUGCCCGGCUUGUACAAUGUGAACAGCACCCUAUACCAGAGCCCCUUCUCCUCCGGAUACAGCCUGGGGGGCUCAGACGCCUACAACCUCCACUGCUCCUCCUUUGACCAGAACAUUCCCGUCCUCUGCAGUGACCUAACCAAAGCCAGCUGUGAGAAGGCGGAGGAAGGCAACCUGCACAGCCAGGCAGAGAGUAAUUUCCGGAUAUACCCCUGGAUGAGGUCCUCAGGUCCGGAUCGGAAGCGAGGGCGUCAGACCUACACCCGUUACCAGACCCUGGAGCUGGAGAAGGAGUUCCACUUCAACCGCUACCUGACCCGCCGGCGGAGGAUAGAGAUCGCCCAUGCCCUGUGCCUGACCGAGAGGCAGAUCAAAAUCUGGUUUCAGAACAGACGCAUGAAAUGGAAGAAGGAGCAUAAAGAGGAGAGCGCCGGGGCUGGGGCUGGCGCCGCCCCUGCCAACGACGGGACCUCCGCCACAGCCUCGGUGGAGAAAGUGGAGGAAGAGGAGGAAGACGACGAAGAGUAGCCGCCGGGCUUCUUCGUGGGUGGAUUCUGUCUGCACGUGGCAAACAAACAAACAAAAUUAUAAUAAUAGUAAUAAAGGAAGACCCUUGUAAUGGCCACUCAUAGUUCAAACGUCUUCUACUGGUCUUCCACAUCCCCAGAAUGCCCUAGAUUACGUCCUGUGUAAACUAGGAGUAAACUACUCACUACGCAACCUGGACCACUUUGGCCUGGGUUGGCCAGGUCUCUAUUUAAAGUGUUGCAUUUUUAAAACAGAUGAUACUGGUAUUGCUGACUGAAAGAAAAAAAAUUGGUUACUUGCACAUGUGGGGAGGAAUCCCUCAAACCCCCCCCCCCCACAAAAGUUAAGGCUUCCGAAUAAAACUACCUGACUGUAUUGGUCCCAAUCAGUCCCUAUGGGGCGGGAGUGCAUUAGGAUCAGUUCUUGCAAACUACCUAAUUAUUGACGGAAGGCCGAUGUCCUUCCAUUUCACUGUGGGGUGGGAGUUUUUGUUUGUGGUUAACAAAACCUGGGG